AUGGUGGACGAUUCACCGGUGGAUGUAGUGAUUUCAAGACAUACGACGGUACCGGUCUGGCACAAUAUUAUCGUUGAGACUAUCAACUACCGGUUGGGGCCUUUUGGACAUCUUGCUCAUCCCGAAUUAUCCGCCGAAUCGGGACGGAACAGCUCUGGAAACUACGGCAUUCUGGAUCAACAGGCCGCUCUGCACUGGGUCAAUAAUAAUAUUCAGCUCUUUGGUUAUGAUCCUGAUCGAAUUACUGUCGGUGGGCAGUCUGCUGGCUCGGCUAGUGCCCUUGAUGUUAUGUGGAGCCCGCUAGCCAAGGGUCUCGCCGCACGCAUUAUCUCUGAGAGUGGUGCGCGGGGCACACACGAUACUAUGACUCGGACUGAUGCCACAAGCUGUCGCGCUAAGGCUGCUGCCGAAAAGCAGGGAGUCGAAUUUCUCAAGGAAAUGAAUGUGGCAUCUCUUGCCCAGUUGCGCAAUGUGUCCACGGAAGCUCUCCUUGAGUAUGACUCGCUCUCCGACACUAUCUGGGAAUGA